UCUCCUUCAUCUCCUGCACUGCGGGCGGGUUCUUUGCCACUGAGCCACCGGGGAAGCAUGGCUCUCCUCCCGCCUUCACAGCCGGCCACGGCGAAACGCCCACGGUCAUGCCAGCUUUGGAAUGUGCCGAGGUUUCUUUGGCCAUUGGAAAGGCCUGUGGAAGGGCCCAGGGGUCUUCAACCUCGACUGUAAGUAACCAAAGAGUCUUCACGCCUCAGGGGUCACCAGGCUACAGAAGCGAGAGCCACGUUCUGCGCCAUCACUGGGGCCGCCCCGCCCUGUGCGGCCCACUGUCCAGUCCCUUGGCUGGGUACCGGGGCCCACCCUUGCCAGAGGCCACUGCAUCCAGAGAGGCCUGUCUGCACCUGGGCACUGCCCGCAGCUCCCGCUGACCUCAAGGGGCUGCUCCAUCUCCGCUGUCCACUCUUGGAGAACCAGGCCUUUACACGGACAGCACCUCCACAGGCCAGGCUCACAUUCUUCCUGCUCCCAACAGGGACCCCGAAGCCCGGGGGGCAUUCGCUCCCUGUGCCCACCCGCCAGCCUCGGCACGGUCCCAGCGCGAGCCCUGCGGAGCCCCAGGGACGCCUCCAAAGGACGGUGUGAGAGCACGGCUGAGCUGAUGGGGUGGAGGAAAGAGGAAAGUGGGGGGCGGGUGUGGGCGCUGGGCGUCCUGGCGUCUCCGGGUCCCUGCGCGUGCUGUGGGCCGGGGCGUCACGUGAUGAUGGACAGCGGCGACUGCCCCGCAUGCCUGAGUCAACGGAGGACACGGCCAGGCCCAAGCUGUCGGGGCUGGUUUUAUAUUCCGCGACUGAUUCUGUCUGUCUGUUUCCCGAGGGGACGUGGACCCACCCACAGAGGGUGGGUGUGGGUUUUGAGUCAGGACACCUGCCCAAGGAUUCCAAAGGAAACGCCACGCUAGAGAUCGGCCCUGUGCUGGGGGUCCUGUCGAUGGGCGGGUCUUCCCACACAUGCGACGUGCCCUUCAACGACAGCAGGGUGUUCCUGGUGACCGUGUACAGCGGCGUGUGCGCGCUGGGCCUGCCGGCCAACGGCCUGACGGCCUGGCUCACGCUGCUGCAGGCACGCCAGGGCCACGUGCUGGCCGUCUACCUCUUCUGCCUGGCGCUCUGCGAGCUGCUCUACAUCAGCACCCUGCCGCUCUGGGUCAUCUACAUCCAGCACGGGCACCGCUGGCCGCUCAGCCCCUGGGCCUGCAAGGCGGCCGCCUACGUCUUCUUCUGCAAUCUCUACCUCAGCAUCCUCUUCCUGUGCUGCAUCUCCUGUGACCGCUUCCUUGCGGUGGUGUACGCACUGGAGAUGCGGGGCCGCCGCCACCAGAAGACCGCCAUCCUCGUCUCCGCGGUGGUCUUCCUUCUCGUCGGGCUCGUCCACUCCCCGGUGUUCAAGAUGGAGCACAACGGAACCUGCUUCGAGACGCUGCCGAUGGACCGCAGGGUGGCCGGGUACUACUACGCACGCUUCACGGUGGGCUUUGCCGUCCCGCUGUCCAUCAUUGCCGUCACCAACCAGCGCAUCUUCAGGACUGUCCAGCUGAGCACCAGCCUGAGCGCUGCCCAGAAGGCCAAGGUGAGGGUCCUGGCCAUUGCGGUCGUGGCCAUCUUCCUGGUCUGCUUCGCCCCCUAUCACCUGGUGCUCCUGAUCAAAGCCGUCGCCUUUUCCUACUACAGAGGGGCCGCAGACCCUGUGUGCACCCUUGAAAUCCACCUGUACACGGUCUCCGUGGUGUUCCUGAGCCUGGCCACCGUGAACAGCGUGGCUGACCCCAUCAUCUACGUGCUGGCCGCGGAAGCGACACGCCAGGAAGUGUGCAGAAUGCACAAGGGGUGGAAAAAGUGGUCCACGAAGAUGGACAACACCAAGCUCACGUGCUCGAAGGACUCAGAUGAGGCACGGUCGCCCAUGUCCCUCACAAACAGCUAUGCCUUCCCUGAGCCCAUCCACGCACCAGAGCCAUCACCAGGCACCCCAGAGGGGCUGGCCGAGGGGUCCUGCUGAGCCCAGCACAGGAGUUCAGGGCUGGCCACCCGGUGCUGCUUGGAGCCCGCUAGCCAGUGUCCACGGUACUGGCUGGAGAGCCCCCUCUUAAUGGUUCGCCCCCAAUUUCUGGUCCCUGGAGUCUCUGCCGCCGGGGGUCCUGGCUGAGCAGAAGCCUCAGGGAAGGUGGCAGCACAGACUGGGUAAGGGCAAGCCUGCUGGCCGCGGGAAAAGCACAUGGCAGGUGGGAGCACUUGCUCUGGCAGGCGCUGUCCGCUAUGAGCGCACAGCAGGGCGGCUGGCGCAGGCCGUGUGCCCGCCUGGUGCUCUGGCAGCUGGCACAGGCCGUGUGUCGGAGCUGCCUGUCAGCCUCUGCGUGAUGACUUUAUUUCCUGAGCUUUUCUGCAAGCGUCACUUGGAUGCGAUUAAGUGGCUGGGCGUUUCUGCUUCUGCCCCAGGUCGUCCAUGCAAACUGUACCCUUGGGCCAGUUGUAUCCCAGGCCCUUGGCCGGGACAGCUCAGCACUGGGGCCCUGAGGGGAGCCGCAGGGUUGGGCAGAGCUGCAAGGUGGGGUGCAGUCCACGUGGCCUCCGGAGGAAGCCCCGUGUGUGCGUGGCAAGCACGCCUGUGGGCUGGGAGGGCCGAGGGGCGCCCCAGGCAGGGGGACACGCCCAAGGGCCCCGAGGACCUGGCAAGUAGUCAGCACGGAGGCUUCCUGGCUCCCCUGUGGGGUGGCUGCCGAGGGCCAGGCCAGGCACAGUGCUGCCUCUGCGUCCUCAUCGGUAGCAGGGCCCGUGACCCCGGCCUCAGUGGGUCAGUGGCGGGGCUGACCGCACGCAGCCCCGAGGUGGUGUCAGGGCAAAUUCUGCUCCCGCUUCUCUAAGGCCGCCUCGAUGGGUGAGCUUUACUGUGAAAGACCCUAAGACAUGUGAUUUCACAUCUGGGAAUAAAAACACAAGAGAACACGUCAGUGCCAAAGUC